GAGACAUGUGGAUAAAUUCUUAGACAGGUUUUUAGAGGAAUUGAGCUGAAAACAAGGAAAUAGACCGUUUUAAAAGUGAAAGUAUGUUGCAACAAGUUCUUGAAGGGACAGAGACGUCAUCUCUCGUAGUUAUAGAAGACUGUGUGGAGCAUGACGGAAGACCAGUUUUCCACUGUUUCUGUUCAGAACUGGCUAAGAGGUGUGCGUCUGUGCACCUGUUCCACCUGGAGAAACCUGCAGACUGUUUCCUGGAAGGUGCCAACGUCUCCAAAAUCCACCUCCAUGACGGCUUCUCAGACCCCCUACUGUGGGAGGAACAGAACAGAGAUUCUUCAGAAGACAGAAUAGACUUAACCUCAGCCCCAGACUUCUUGGGGCAUGUGAAAAAGUUGUCUGUCAAAACUUCUCCAGUAGCUGUGGUGAUAGACUCCCUGACGCCCUACCUGCUGCACUGUCCAGGCUAUGUCAUCUGCAGGGCCCUCCACAGGCUGCUGAGAGCCAGGCUAGAUUCAGAUGGAGUAGAAAUCGCACUGGUUGUGGCUGGUUUCCAUGGAGAUCUCCAUGACGACAGCACGGCCGUUGCCCUGCGGCACAUGGCGACCACGUGGGUCCAGCUGCAGGAGGGGGCGGAGUCUCCCACGCGAAGCAGGGAGGGGGCGGAGUCUCCCACACAGGACAGGGCCUGUUUCCAUGGCACCUGUGAGGUCUUACACAGGAGGAAGUCUGGGAAGGUUAUAAGACAGGAUGAGGAGUAUCAUAUCUCUGCCCAGUGGAGUCUGACAUCACGGGUACAGAAGGCACCAGUCAGGCCUGCAGCACAGCCAGAUCAGGAGUCCCAGGUGGACCCAACUGCCAACUUGACCUUUAACCUCCGACUGACUGACACAGAGAAAGAGGCCAGGAGCAGGGUCGUGCUGCCGUACAUGCACCAUCAGAGGAAAAAGGCUCCAGACAAGCCGGCAGCGACUCCAGGUGGACAGAUUUUCUACCAGCCUGAUGACGUGGACGACUUUGAUGAGGAAGAUCCUGAUGAUGAUCUAGACUUCUGAUUGGCUGGUUCAAAUAUAAUACCGCACAGUGAUUGGUGCAUUUAAAUCAAGCUAAGUGUACUACAUGUAGUGUCCCAAGCAGUCUCACUAAAGUGCUGAAAGAAUUGUGAAAGUACAUCUGUGUAAUAUACUUUAAUAUAAACUUUACUACAGCAAAUAAGCUAGCUUUCUGCUUUACAGUAUGAAGUAAUGACACAAGAUAUGGAAAGGGAUACACUAUUUAUUAUCAUACUUUAUGUACAGGUUUCAGACUUGCUUUUAUAUGAACAUC